UUAGCGCGGGCUGAAGAGGUCCAAAGUUCAAAAAAGUUAACAGCUAACAGCAGGACACGUUUCAACCAGCUUUGACAUGUCUGAAGUGAGCAACCAGCUGCCCACAGACCCCAUAUCUGCAGUUGGAGUAAUCACUUCCCUCAGUAAGGCCCCUGAAGGCUACUAUGUUGUUGCACAAACAACAGAUGGCUCUGACGCCGACCUGUGGAAGGACGGCUUAUUCAAAUCCAAGGUCACUCGCUACCUUUGUUUCACCAGAAAGACUGGGGCUGACAUUGUUGUGGACAUGAAGCUGAUUGACAUUAAGGACGCGUUGCCAGAGGGCUUCACACCUGUGGAAGAAACAUUGGACACAAAGGAAACUGCCAUGAGGAAGAGGAGGCUCUGCGUGAAAAUCAUCCCUUGUGCGGAUGCUGUGACGGCUGUGUAUGACAUCCAGAUCGUUGCCAAGUCCAAGUACCAUCUUGUUAACUACACCAGUAUAGGUGAGAUCAACAGUAUGUUGAUAUGGUACCGAAUGGGUGACGCUCCUCAGCAUCAGUCGUCCCAGGAAACGUCCAGUGAAGUUGACAGUGCCGCUCCAGCCAACACAGUAAGGAAGACCAAGACCCGGAAGGACUCUGAGCCCCAGAGCAGUGCGAACUACACCAUGACUGCUCUGGACGACGUGCCCUUUGUCAUCACUGAAAAGUUUUGUGACAAUCCCAAAGAGAUGCAGCAAGUCAAUUUAAUGGGCAUUACGAUCAAAUCCCUGGCAGAGAUCGAGGAGGAAUUUUACUACAACUUCAGCACAGAGCGGAGCAUCGCUGUGUGACCCUCCACGCUGCGGUCUCACCCUGCCAGACUGACACACAACGACUGAAACACUACUGACUGAAAGGAUCAUGUGAAUACUUGUAAAAUAAUUUAGAAAAAAAACAACUAUAUUUUGUAAUUUAAGAGAAAAAGGUAUUUUUACCUUAAUGGAUUUUAUUUAAAUGAUUUAGUACUAAAUGUAUUUGUUAUAAUGUACAACUGUGCACAAUACAUUUGAGAAGAUUUUGUUAUUUAUCUUGAAAUAGAUUUUUUUUUAAAUGUAUGUUUUGUUGCUCAAAUACAUAAGUGUCUGGCCUAAAAUAAACCAAGCUAAUAAAUGUCCUUGAGAUGAAUUCAUAAAAGUC